AUGUUCAGUGGCUCCUCGAGCCCACCCAAAGAGAGACUAGAUACCAUCCCACACUCGACCGCCAUAGACACACCUUCCAAGGGCGCGGUGACAGAAGAAGCCGGUGUAGCGCAGAGGAAAUUCUCUCCUCCCGGUGGAUUCUUUACACGACGAACGAGCGAAGACCAAGCCCCUUCUGCCGAAAAGAAGCGCCGGAGUAGCACGGUUACUAAAGCGGCCACAUUCUUCUCGAACGCUAAGAAUUCAUUGAGUCUGAGUAGUAGUCCUCGCGAAAGCUCUCUCGCCAACUACAACCCUCGUCCCGCGUCCACGCUGCAAUCAGCCGGGAAUAUGGAUCCCGCCCUGAACGUUCCCCAGGGCUCAUUGAAUAACUCGGCCGGUGAAUCGCUGCCGACCUUUCAUUCAUCAUUCAAGGUUGGCGUCACGGAAGAUCGGAAUCGAAAAUGUCGUCGGACUAUGGAGGAUACGCAUGCGUACCUCUACAAUUUCUUGGGGUCGCCCUCACCCUCGACUCCGGCCAAAUCCGGAGCCAACGACGGGGGCGAUGUUUCUCCGACCACCGAGGAAAAAACCAGUGUUGUUGAGACCGAUAACGGUUAUUUCGCGAUCUUCGAUGGUCACGCGGGCACUUUCGCCGCCGAGUGGUGCGGAAAGAAGCUCCAUCUGAUCCUAGAAGAGGCCAUGCGAAAGAACCCCAAUACGCCGGUCCCGGAACUUCUCGACCACACAUUCACUGCUGCUGAUCAACAAUUAGAAAAGCUGCCCGUGAAGAACAGCGGAUGUACUGCCGUUAUUGCGCUUUUGAGAUGGGAAGACAGAGUCUCGGGUGCGAAUCCGGUGACGAAUUCUGCCAGCAAAGACGAUAGCAAUUCGGAAGCAGGGGAUACUCCCACACAGCUGACCACUACCGGCGGUGGAUCAUUCCCAAAGUCGCAAGGCAAAGCCCAGCGUCAUCGUAUAUUGUACACAGCUAAUGUUGGCGAUGCGCGUGCCAUCCUGUCUCGGAACGGGAGAGCGCUGCGGUUGUCCUAUGACCAUAAAGGUAGCGAUGAGAAUGAGGGCAAGCGGAUAGCUCACGCUGGAGGCUUAAUACUCAACAACAGAGUGAACGGUGUCCUUGCGGUAACCAGAGCCUUGGGUGAUGCGUAUCUCAAGGAUCUAGUCACCGGACACCCGUACACAACAGAGACGGUGAUCCAGCCGGAUUCCGAUGAGUUUAUAAUUCUAGCAUGUGAUGGGUUGUGGGAUGUAUGCAGCGACCAGGAAGCCGUAGACCUUAUUCGGAACGUCCAUGAUGCGCAGGAAGCAUCGAAAAUUCUCGUUGACCAUGCUCUCUCGCGAUUCAGUACCGACAACCUAUCGUGUAUGGUGAUUCGAUUUGACACCGAGCGUGUGAAAAGCGUCGCCAACCGAGUCGUCGAACCCAUCGGUGUCGACGGUGACCCGCCUACGAAUGUGGAACGCGGCGUGAGCGAAGCCGAGAAGAUCGUCGAGGGAGCGCGAAAGAGCAUGGCCAACGCAGGGAUAUCAGACGACCCUGAAACCGCCGAAAGGGCCAACGAAGAAAUACUUCAAAAGAUGUCGGACGAUGACUCUGGCCCCGAACUCUCAGUGAACGAACAUAGUGACACGCCUAUAGCAAAGCCGGCGGACACCCAAGGGUCCAAAUCUAUCAACAAAUCUUGA